GAGGAGAAGGGGGUAUCAGACCGAGGAAUCCGUCGAGUCACUUUUGCUUGUUAUUUUUCGGAAAAAUAAUAUAUACAUAUUUGAAGCUGUAGGACGAUGGAGACAGUUGGAAAAUUCGAGUUCAGCAGGAAGGAUCUCAUAGGGCAUGGUGCCUUUGCAGUGGUCUUCAAAGGCAGACACAGAGAGAAACACGAAUGGGAAGUAGCUGUGAAAUGCAUCAACAAGAAAAACUUGGCAAAAUCUCAGACACUUCUAGGGAAAGAAAUUAAAAUAUUGAAGGAACUGAAGCAUGAAAACAUCGUUGCAUUGCAUGAUUUCCAGGAAACAGCAAGCUCUGUUUACUUGGUGAUGGAGUAUUGCAAUGGAGGAGACCUGGCAGACUACCUGCACUCUAAGGGCACCCUGAGCGAGGACACUAUCCGAGUGUUCCUCCAGCAGAUAGCGGGAGCCAUGAGGGUCCUGCAGGCCAAAGGCAUCAUUCACAGAGAUCUCAAACCCCAGAACAUCCUUCUGUCCUAUCCCGCUGGCCGCAAGUCCCACUCCAACAACACCUGCAUCAAGAUAGCUGACUUUGGCUUUGCACGGUACCUCCAGAACAAUAUGAUGGCUGCCACACUAUGUGGAUCUCCCAUGUACAUGGCCCCUGAAGUUAUCAUGUCCCUGAAUUAUGAUGCCAAGGCUGACCUGUGGAGCAUAGGAACCAUUGUGUUCCAGUGUCUGACAGGGAAGGCUCCAUUUCAGGCCAGUAGUCCUCAGGAUCUUCGACUGUUUUAUGAAAAAAACAAAAGUCUCAGCCCGAACAUCCCCAGAGAGACCUCAAGCUACCUGAGACACUUGUUGUUGGGCCUUUUGCAGCGCAAUCACAAGGAUCGGAUGGACUUUGAUGAAUUUUUCAGACACCCGUUUCUUGAAGCAAGCUCGUCCAUGAAAAAGUCAGCUCCAGUGACCUUAACGUGUUUUCCCAGCUCAGCUUCUGCAAGCUCAUGCAGUAGCUCCUCAACUUCACACCUGGCCUCACCUCCGCAAUCGCUUGCUGAAAUCCAGCAGCUCCGUGCUAAAGCCAUUGCGUCACCGACCCAGGAUUCUCCUGGCUACCUGCUGAAGGAUUCGGGGGGUGGCGGCGGCAGCAGCAAGAACUCGUCAUGUGACACAGACGAUUUCGUUAUGGUCCCAGCUCAUUUUCCCACCACUGAGCUCACGUGUGACAUGCCUACAGGGAAGGUGCUGCAGGACAGUCUGAUGUAUAGUGGGAGCUCUCUCUUGGCCUCUGGUGGUUUGGGAGGUCAAGGCAAGACCCCCCCACGUUCACCAUCCUACAGCGGCUCUCCUGGUACUGUAGGCAGGCCCAGUGAGUUCUCUGCUAGUAACUAUGGCAACUAUGGUCAGUCAGUACCCAUUCCAGUCCCCACACAGAUUCACAACUACCAGCGUAUAGAGCACAACCUCAACUCUCCCAGUCAGGAUAGCUCUCCAAGAGCGGCACCACCAGUACGGCGGUGCAGCAGUGGCAGCUCUCUUGGAUUUGGGAGGACUGGACCUUCGCCCCCUUACUCAGCAGGCCUUGGACCCGCCCUCACCUCUCGCAGGCUUUCUGGAGGUGGGAGCAAACCCUUUCAGCUUUCACCGCAAGUGGGCACUAUUCCUGAGCUGCCAGGCCAGUCUGGUAUGCUGAACGUGGAGACAGCUCGGCCGGGGUCUCGGAUUGGAGCUCUCCAGACUCCUGAGGUAAGAUCAAGACCUCAGCAACAGGGCAUGGGUACCAGGCUCCACAGUGCUCCAUGUCUGCUGGAGGCUGCAAGUGGCUGCAAGCAGAAGAUCAGGAAGCAGCACUCGGAUCCUGUGGUGGCCCCCCAGAGUGGCAUGAUGGCUCUGAGGCCUCUUCACUCCUCCCCUCGACUCAGCGAGCUCAUGCAGCGUAGCCCCUUACCCACCAUACUGGGAUCACCCUCAAGGGCCAUGCCCCCCUUCGAGUUUCCCAAGCCCCCCAGCUCCCCAAAUAUGGUCACCUUCUUUACGCAGCAAGGCAUGGCUCUUCCAUCAUCCGCUAGCAGAGCGGUUCAGGGUGACCCAGGGCUGCCCUCCGGCUUCCAGCCUGACCACUGUGCCACUCUAGCAGCAGAAGAAAGCAAGGGCUUUGGAAGGUCCCAGAGCGCUGGUCGCCUGUCGGACAUGUUGCUGAUGGCAGCAUUCGGGGGUCAGCUGGGAGACAGAGGGAGCAUGGAGAACCUUAACGCCGACAGAGCCAUAGAUAUCACAGCGCCACCUGGUGGAGCCAUGGUAGUAGGCUCGGGCAGUCCAGCACGGGUGGUGUUCACAGUGGGUUCUCCACCCAGUGGUUGCACACCACCGCAGACCUCUCGCUCAAGGAAGUUCUCAGGCUCCUCAAGCUCUAUCAGCCCGGUGGGCUCCUACACAAGCCGUUAUGCCCAGGCAGGCAUUUGCGUGGAUGGCUGCGAGGGCCCUUCGAGUCCACGCUAUGGCUUUAGUCCAGCCAGCCUGGGGGGAGCAGUCACUUUUGAGGCCCCGGAGCUGCCGGAGGAGACGCUCAUGGAGCAAGAGCAUACAGAAAUCCUACGUAGGCUGCGUUUCACACUGGAGUUUGUGCGCUGCAUGACGGAGGUGGCGGGAGCCAGAGGUGGAGAGGCUGACCACGACAACACCGCCUCCACCUGCCUGCUCCAGCAGCAGAGCCUGGUGGCCGACCAAAUCAGCUCACUGAGUCGAGAGUGGAGUCAUGCAGAACAAUUGGUGUUGUACAUGAAGGCUGCAGAACUCCUGUCAUCUGCUCUGACCACAGCUAUGGAAGGCAUCAAACAGGGGAAGCUCUAUCCUUCCACCACUGUUAAACAAGUGGUUAGGAAACUGAACGACCUUUACAAGUCCAGCGUGACAUCGUGCCGCUCCCUGAGUGCCCGGUUGGAGCAUUUCUUCUCUCGUAAACAACGCCUCAUGGACCACAUCAACACCAUCACUGCAGAGAGACUGCUCUUCAGUCACACUGUACAGAUGGUGCAGGCUGCUGCUCUUGAUGAGAUGUUCCGACAGGGUGAGGCGUCAGUGCAGCGUUACCAUAAAGCCUUGCUGUUGAUGGAGGGUCUGUCCCUCCUUCUCACAGAGCAGGCAGACAUUCUCAGCAUCAGCAAGUGCAAGCAGUGUAUCGAGCGGCGUCUCACCGCUCUGCAGUCCGGGCUUUGCGUCUAAAAAUCUCAAACGUCGUUCUAGCGCGGCACUGCAAACUCAGCGGAUUUCCCACAUUCCACUCAGCCACAUCCAUUCUGCUCUGUGUGGAUCUCUCUUCACGUCUUUCCAUCCCUUAUGUGCCACUGAGCGUCCAGAUCAGAUGACCUGAGGUGUCUUGUCUUUGACCUAACCCUCGGGCACUGUGGUCAUACUGAAACCGGGCCGGCUUGGCCAACCAGGUGCGGUGUAUUUUGCUGGAUAAAUGAAGAUUUUACCACGCGCUCAUAACACACGGGCAGGCACGUAGCAUUAGCGACGC